UCGCAUAUGCUGUCUCGAACAUGAGGCUCCACGCUUUGUGCAUCACAUAUCACCAAAUAUAGGGCGAGUAUCCUCCAGGUCGAUCUUGGAAUGUAGCCGCAUAGCUGAACCGCUUCACUCCGUGUCUAAGCGAGUCUUGCAUUGAAAUCUAGGGGCAACCAAUAAUCCGUCUGGUGUUCGUCGGGUCCGCAUGUCGGUUACACAGCAAAUAUGGCCAUCAUUGAUACAUGCUCCCACGAUUUACUUUCAAGGGCGCACCCGGCGCAAUGGUUCGAUUGCGGAUAUGGUCGCACGGAAUGCAGAAAAAUGGCCCGGCUACCAGUCGUGCGGCUCCUGGGUUCCGGGGUCAUCCUCGAAACACGGAGUUCAGCUUUCCACUGAUGUUUCAAUUUUUGCUUUGGGAAACCGCACAAGAACAGUAGUGACAAAGAGCUCGCUCCCAAAAGUCGGAGGCGAGGAGCCUCUUUGCAACCCACAUAUACAAUAUUCACCCAAAGUCUUCAAAGAUGGACUUGGUUCGUAUGGUUGGAUACAUGAUAACAUUUCAGGUCUUUUAAGGUGGGUACUUGAGUAAAGCACAGCACCAUAGUACAAAUAUGGCCAUAAGAGGUGAUUUGGAAGCCAUCUUGUUAUAUACAAUUCAUAAGUAGGGUCAUACAGAUACAGCUUCUGA